AUUAGCCGGUCCCAGCGGUGAAUUGAGGCUGAUCUCCUGUAAUUCGUGGCGCAAGCUCCAUUCGACCUAGGUGCCUGGGGUACCGUACCUCUAGCUCAUUGAGAGCUUGGGUGGUAGAGAAGCUCAUACCUUCAACCUCACUUCUCACUCAUCUCAUACCUCGGUCUCAAAUCAACAUCAGAACCAGGCCUCCAACAUCAUCGCAAGCUCACAUAUCGAAACCUCCAAACUGUUCCAAAGACAAAAGCCACGCUUGAUUUGAAGACAGGCUCACGAUAUCUGUUGGACAAGGCCCGGGCGAAUGAGGAAGAUGACAUGAUGGAAGCGUCUCACCCCGCGGCAGGAUGGGAGAACGUCGGCGAAAAAUGGUACCGUAAAGUCCAGCUAUACACCGAGGUAUUCGACCAAGACCUCGACCUCGACAACUACAUCGUCGCCGGUGCGCCCUACGGCGGCGCCCUCGCUCUCCUGCGCGACGACACCAAGAUCCAGGCCGUUCGCGCCGUUACCAGCAAGACUGGUACAGGGGCAGGAGCCUCCAGUAAUAAACCCGGUAUCGACAUUUACUCGUACGCCGGCAAACUCCUCCGCAGGAUCCCAUGGGACCAGGGUUCCGGCACGAUCAAGGGGCUAGGAUGGGCGAGUGUGCAGGGCGGCGAGGAGAAGUUACUCGUCGUCACGGCGGAUGGCACGGUGAGGGUGUAUGACCUCCAGGGCGAGUUCACGCAGUUCUCGCUCGGCAACGGCGCAGACGAGGUCGGCGUCAUCGGGUGCCGGUUCUACGAGACGGGUAUGGUCGCCCUGCUCGGGGGCAACGCGCUCGUCUCCGUCACCUCGUACGCGGAACCCCGGCCCAAGGUCCUCGCCGCGCCGCGGGAAGACCAGGGCGAGAUCCAUGCGUGGGCCGUCGUCUCGCCUGACCACACGCUCUCGCGGUCCGUCGAGGUACUGCUGAGUAUCGGGGAGACCGUCUACGUUGCCGACGCGGCCGAGUGCGAGGAUCGGUUCCUUGAUAUCGGGCCGUUUAGCCACAUCAGCGUCUCGCCUGAUGGGAGGCUGAUUGUGUUGUAUACCAAGACGGGCAAGGCGCAUGUUAUAUCGAGCGAUUUUCAGGAGCGAUUGGUGGAGCACGAUUCGCAGUCGAGGAUCCCGCCAAAGUAUGUGGAAUGGUGCGGUUCCGAUGCGCUGAUUGCGUGGGAGGACGAGGUGCACAUCAUCGGGCCCGACAGCGCGACGGCCGAAUUCUUUUACGAUGGACGGGUUCACGUCAUUUCUGAACACGACGGCGCAAGACUCAUCACAAACGACGUCUGUGAUUUCCUCGAACGCGUCCCUCGCGCCACAGAAGACGUCUUCGGCACCCGCGCAGAGUCCUCCGCGGCCUCCAUCCUCCUCGACGCCGUCGGUCAGCUCGAGCUCCAGUCCCCAAAAGCAGACGACUACAUCCAGCUCAUCCGCGCCAACCUCACCGAGGCCGUCGACACGUGCGUCAACGCCGCCGGCCGCGAGUUCAGCGUCCACUGGCAGAAGCAGCUUCUCAAGGCCGCCUCCUUUGGCAAGUCCGUCCUCGACAUCUACAACAGCGACGAGUUCGUCGACAUGUGCGAGAUCCUCCGCGUCCUCAAUGCCGUCCGCUUCUUCGAGGUCGGCCUGCCCCUGUCCUUUGACCAGUACCAGCGCCUCACCCCCGAAGGUCUACUCAAAAGGCUCAUCAACCGGCACGAGUACCUCCUCGCCCUCAAGAUCGCGGGCUACCUCCGCCUCCCCACAGACCGCAUCUACGUCCACUGGGCCUCUGCCAAAGUUCGCUCCGGCACCGAAGACGACGACACGAUAUGCCGCCUCGUCGUCGAGCGCCUCUCAGGCAAACCAGGCAUCUCGUUUGAAGAAAUCGCCCGCGCAGCCUACGACGAGGGACGGGGCCGCCUCGCCACCGAACUCCUCAACCACGAACCCCGCGGCGGCCGCCAGGUACCCCUCCUCCUUAGCAUGGAAGAAGACGAGCUCGCCCUCGACAAGGCCAUCGAGAGCGGCGACACGGACCUAAUGUACACCGUCCUCCUCCAGCUCAAGAAGAAGCUCCCCCUCGCAGCCUUCUUCCGCACCAUCAACGCCCGCCCCGCGGCCACCGCGCUCGUAGAGUCCUCGGCCGCCCGCGAGGGCGACAACGCACUCCUAAAGGACCUGCACUACCAAGACGACCGCCGCGUCGACGGCGCAAGCGUCUUCAUCCGCGAGUCCCUCGCCCAGGCCGACGCGCGCACGGCAUCGGACAAGCUCGCCCUUGCUGCGAAGCUGCUCUCCGACUCCCGUGAGGCAUCGUUCGAGGUGCAUGCUCUCAAAGAGGCGCAGACGCUGCUCAAGAUGCAGGAGGCGUUUGACCGCGACCUCACCGAUACGUUCACGGGGCUCAGCGUCAACGAGACCAUGUUUAAGCUUAUCCGGCUGGGGUACCACAAGCGCGCGACAAAGAUCCAGAGCGAGUUCAAGGUGCCGGAGAAGGUUGCUUGGUGGCUUAGGUUGGUGAUUUCUGUUUCUCGUGCCCUUGUCUUCCUCGGUUUCUUGUACAUUCGGCUACCUUUCUCUAUCCCCUUGCCAAGACAGGGGAGGCAUUAUACAGUUGCUAACCCCUACCUUCUUCUUUGUAAUAGACUACGCGCUCUCGUUGCAAAGCGAGACUGGGCCGAGAUUGAAGAGCUCGCAAAGACGAGGAAAAGCCCGAUUGGGUGGGAGGUAAGCUUUUCUUUCUUCACAUUCUACAAUCUACUACACACUGUCACAAAACCAUGAAGAAACCCGCGUGCUCGGCAAUCCGUUGUUCUCCGUGACACGUCGGAAUUACACUCUACUGUAAACCGGACGAAGGAAAGGAAUUGGCUAACCUCCGAGC